GGAUGAGAACAGGGAUGGGGACAGGGGUGGGACAGAGAUGGAACCAUGGCUUGGGACAGCUGGGAUUCCCUGGAUCCAGGGAUGGGACAGCCGGAAUGCCCCAGGGCAGAUCCAGGGAACAUCACCAGGCUCAGGGACAGCCAGGACAUGCUGGUGCAGAUGGCAGGGACAUACCUGUGCAAACUGUGCAGGGAUGUGUUGAGGCUUCAGGCCUCAUCAGUGGCACAGGAAGAGCCCCACCACCUUGGGAAGGUUCUGCAAGCCUCAUCCUGUGGGACACAAGGCAGGAUGAGCAGGGUGGGUGACAGCUGGGUCCCUCCCAAAGAGCUGCUCCACACCCGUAGUGAGGCUGGAUUUGGAUGCCGCCGUGGAUCUGAGGGGACAAUUGCAAGGAAGGAGCCAAGAGAAACCACCUUUAAAGCUUCAAGGUGUGAAUUGGCAAAACCUCACUCGAGACAACACUGAGCCCAAAGUGCCAUCUCCGCAGCCAGAACAAGGAUUCAACAACCUCUAAGGUGCCAGCCCCGAUGUAAAUCACUUUUAUCCCAUUGCUCCAGCCACUAGAUCCCACAGAUUUUAAAACCAUGGCGAAGGCCUUGACUGGCUUCAUGCAGAGCAGCCCCAGGAUGAGGAAUCUCCUCCUUGCUGUGCUCCUGGCUUGUGGGUUGCUCCCAGCUGGCACCAGUGUCCUGGAGCUGGUGCGGAUGAUCAGGUCGACCACAGGGAAGAGUGCCCUGCUCUCCUACAGCUGGUAUGGGUGUUUCUGCGGCAUCGGGGGCAGAGGGACCCCCGUGGAUCCCACCGACCGGUGCUGCCAAGCCCACGACUGCUGCUACAGGAGGGUGAGGGAGGGCAAGUGCAGCCCCUUGAUCACCCCGUACACCUUCACCACUGAUGACGGACACAUCACCUGCAGUAACAAGCAGAGCUGGUGUGAGAGAGAGACUUGUCUGUGUGACAAGGCAGUGGCCUCGUGCUUCGCGAGCACUCUGCCUUCGUACAGUCAUUCCUACCGCUUCUACUUCAAGCUGAAAUGCCAAGGAGACAAGCUCCAGUGCUGAGGAGGGGGAAUCUGCACACAGAGCUCCAGAUUUUGUCUGGUUUCCCCCACUGCUGUGGCAAGAAAAGCCUGGGGUGGGGGCUGAGCAGAAGCAGAGCCCACGAGGCUCCCUGCGAGGUGCUCAGGGGGAGGAAGGACACACAUCAUGAAUGGAGACCCCCCACUUCUCAGAAAGACACACCAACGUCCUCUUUUUUGUCCCUUCCUCCUCCCUUGAUUUCAUUUCCCAGCAAAGAUCAUAAACACCUACAAUAAAAGGAAUGCAAACUGAUUCUGUGGUGUUUUUCUGUAAGGGCCACUGAGAUUGAGGCACUGCAAUGGUGGCUGCUGAGUUUGGG